AUGGGCUCGUCUGGAGUGGAGUCCGGUUCAUAUAGGUGGCGAAAGCCGCUGACAGCGAAGCAAUUGGCAGAGGGUUUUGGACCGGUCCUUGAGGGGUUCGAACAGAGGCAGAGGGUUGUUCUUCAUUGGAAUCACAAGGGCGGAGCUCUUCAAGCAUGUUUGAACUGGAGAGUAAACCUCUUCAAGGUGUUCAAGAAAGCACAAAUGGAGGCUUUGGCAAAUGGGCUCGACCGAAGUGGAGUCCGGUUCAUAUGGGUGGUGAAGCCGUUGAAAGCGGAGCAAUUAGUGGAGGGUUUUGGAUUGGUCCUUGAGGGAUUCGAAUAG